GGCAUUUUGGGGAAUAGGAAAAAAGGGGAUGAAAACGUAAUGGUGGAGAGGGAAUGGAAUCUCUUUGAGGUGUUGUUGUUGACAUAAAUCACCGCCUUUCUUCCAUUUUCUUUUCCUUUCGUUUCAUUUCUCUCUGCGCUGGCCCUGAAAUGAUAAGCCUUGGUUUUCUCGGUGAAUUUCCCAAUCAUAACGUACAAGGACUUUCUAGGUCAACCAUGGUUUGAUUAUUCCCUCUCCCUCUCUUCACUGUGGUGGCAGUACUGGUGUGGAAAUGUACAAUGUUUCAAGGAAUGGAAAUGAUGAGCAUUAUAUGAUUCAAGGUAUGGAUCCGAACAUGCGUUUGACAAGUCCGUUUGAACAAGUUGAAGCCAUGUACAAUGAAGGAGCCCCUGAGUUUGUUGUUGAUCAGGGUUUAUUAUAUCCUGCUGCCACCAGUUAUGGGUAUUACUGUACAGGAUUUGAAUCACCCGGAGAAUGGGAGGACCACCGAAGAAUUUUUGGUGUUGAUGGUCCCGAUAUCCAGUAUACGGGUGCACAAAAUGAAAGUUUGCCUUAUGUAUAUUAUACACCUACCUAUGGAUAUGCACAGUCUCCAUACAACCCAUACAAUCCUUACAUACCUGGUGCUGUGAUGGGAGUUGAUGGCUCUUUCGUAGGGGCACAACAAUAUUAUUCCGUUUCCCCAUAUCAGAGUGCUGCUUCUUCCCCUGCUUAUUUCCCAGUUGUUCUUCAACCGGAUAUGAUUCCAAGUAACACUCCUGAGUCUCUGAUUGAUACUGGAGCCUCAGUUAGGCCUGAUGUGAGGGGGGCGAAACAUAACUUCAAUUCAACUUCCGGAGCCUUUUCUAACUCUACUAAAUCUACUUCAAAUAUGAAGAAUUCAUUGACAAUUAUUUCAGAAGGACCAAAAUCUAGCGUUGGACCAAGCAAGCAAGCGACAAGUAAGGGUGUUUCUAUUGGUAGCUAUCCAUCUACGGCUUCAUCACAUGUUCUUCAGGGUAGAAAUUCAUCCAGUUCAACUCAAUCAGUAGACCAUCUACCAAAUGGAAAAAUCAUCUCUCAUCAUAAUCAUUUGAAAGUAUCCGUCCCUGGUAAUAAUAGUUUAUCGGACUUUGGAACAGUCAAUCACGGGAGAGCAACAGUAGCUAAGCUUCGACCAAAAGUAAAUGGUGGAAGACCUAUGAACGAUAUUAAUAACGGUUUAGAUUCCUUGGGUGAGCAGAAUCGUGGCCCCAGAAUCAGCAGAUCAAAAAAUGAGUUGGCUGUUAAAGCCUACACAACCAGGGCAGGUGGUACUAAUGCCCAAGGAAACAUUAUUAUCUAUACUGACCAGUACAACACUGAUGAUUUCCCAGUUGACUAUACAGAUGCAAAGUUUUUUGUAAUAAAGUCAUACAGUGAGGAUGAUGUGCAUAAGAGUAUCAAAUAUAAUGUAUGGUCUUCCACACCCCAUGGCAACAAGAAACUAAGUAUUGCUUAUGAAGAAGCUCAGAGAAUAGCUGCAGGGAAACCUAAAGGCUGUCCAAUCUUUCUUUUCUUCUCAGUUAAUGUGAGUGGUCAAUUCUGUGGUGUUGCAGAGAUGAUUGGGCCUGUCGACUUCAACAAAGAUAUGGAUUUCUGGCAGCAAGAUAAAUGGAGUGGGAGCUUCCCUGUUAAAUGGCAUAUUAUUAAAGAUGUCCCAAACACCAGUUUAAGGCAUAUCAUAGUGGAGAACAACGAGAACAAACCAGUGACAAAUAGCAGGGAUACACAGGAGAUCAUGUAUAAGAAAGGCCUUGAGAUGCUGAGACUAUUUAAAAAUCACACAAUGAAGACUUCUUUACUGGAUGACUUCAUGUACUAUGAAAGCCGUCAGAAACUUAUUCAGGAAGAGAAAGCCAGGUUACUUGUUAGAAGUUUUGAAAGUCCGUUUUUUGUACCAGCAUUGGGUCCACCCCGCAAGCUGAACUGUGUUGUUGAGCUUCCUCCGAGUAAGAUUGACAAUGCUAAUAACCGAAGUGAUGAUCCAAAUGACUUGAAAAAGACAAAUAUUUCUUCCUCUGAAGCAAAUGUCACUUGCACAAUCCUACAAAAUGAGAAGAAGUCUGAGAAAAUCAGUGUUGAUGCGACGAAAAACAGUGUAUCUACCUUAAAAAUUGGUUCGAAGUCUGAGAAAAUCAGUGUUGAUGCGAAGAAAAACAGUGUAUCUACCUUAAAAAUUGGUUCGCUCAGUAUCAACCCGAAGCCUGCUGCUGAUUCUAUAACUUCAGUUAGCACCAGCACUGUUUCUAAUACCGAAGCUUUUGAUGUCACAGUAGGUUCAGUGCCUCUGAAGUUUAAUGGAAUAGCUGAAUCUUAUGGCAUUUUAACUGUCGGGACGAUUCCGCUGAAUCCUAAGGCAUUAUUGAUUGAGAAAGGAGGCUUAGUUGGGAGAAAGGGGUCUCAACAGAAAUGAUUGAAAGAGUUAGUUUUUCUUCUUCUCAAGACUCGUUUUGUGUUUACUUUUUUCUCAGGGACAAUGUAGUCUGAGUAUGUCAUACUCGGUCAUACUUGUAGGCAAAUGGUAAACCGAAAUACUGAGUUUGACAAAUGCUUUUUUUUGGGGGUUAUUUUGUCCAGUUGUUUCUGCCAAUUUGCCCAAAAAUGGCACUUAUAGUAUGAAAUGGUAUUUCCUUUACCUUUUAUUUUUUGGUGGAGGGUCUAUGCUGUGCAUUGUGUUGUCUUUUGAUUCUGAAAGCAAAGUGAAUACAUUGUUACCUUUUCUUUUUUUA